CGUGGGUUCGUGGUUGGUGCGACGAGCGUUGAAAGGUUGGCAGCACAUCUCAAGUAGCUGGAAAACAACAAGAUGGUGGCCACUAAGAAGACGAAAAAGGCUGUUGACAACAUCAACUCGCGCUUGCAAUUGGUCAUGCGCUCGGGCAAGGUUGCCCUUGGGUACAAGGAAACCUUGAAGAACUUGCGCAACGGCAAGGCCAAGUUGGUCAUCUUGUCGUCCAACACCCCUCCCCUCCGCAAGUCGGAAGUGGAAUACUACUCUAUGUUGGCCAAGACCGGCGUGCACCACUACGCUGGCAACAACAACGACCUCGGUACCGCGUGCGGCAAGUACUUCCGCGUGUCGGUGUUGGUCGUCUUGGACGCCGGUGACUCGGACAUCCUUCGCUCUUCCGAAUAAAUAUAGAUUAUUGCUACUUAAUCUAUGAAAUGGGCAACCAUUUUGCGGCCACAAUCUCUCCCGAAUGUAUUUGAUUAAUUGGUCUCGAGAAUGUGAAACCAUACGUUGUCGAUGUCGUUGUCGUCAUGUAAGCCGCGGAUGUGCAGCGUGUGAUGGCCAGGAUGCAGCCCUACGAGCACGCCUCGGUGGACUUGCUUGGUUGCCGCAGCGUCAGUUGACGGUGGAAGCGUCUGGACCUUAACUCCGUCCAGUAGCACGGUCAGCUCCAUGACGUGGACGGCGUCUACGUCGAAAGCAAUCAUUGCUUCCCUUGGAAACGCUGAGCCAUUGGACGGCGAACGAAUGACAUGGCGGUCGCUCUUUUCAAUGCCGUCACUCAGAUUGGCAUCGCAUGUCUUCUCUGGGGACGAUGGUGCAAUGGAUUUUUGAGGUAGCGACAACUUGAAGAUUGGCGAACCUGGAGGAACCAAGUGAAAUCGCCGUUCGACAUGCACGACAUCUUCCCUUCCUCCCGGCAAUGGUACAACGAGUGUGAUGGUCACGACGUGGUCGCCGCUCGCGAGGGUGUGUAGGGCAUUGGUCGAGAACGGAAUAGGAUCCCGUCGAUGGAGAAUUGCUAGGUCCGUAACGAACAAGACACCAUCUACUUGAAUGGUGUACUGCAUGAUCUGGCUCGAGUUAGUCGUGUUGGAUGGCGCAUGCAAUUCGAACUCAAUCACGUUCCUUGAUGUGACUUGACCUUCCAGGGGAUGGAGAAUUGUCACGGUGCAGUUGGACGAUAUAUUCUGCGUGGGUAGGGCGAAUUCGACUUCCCAAGGAAUCCCCUCUAGUGGACAUAGAUAUGCGUACGCGCACGCUGCCAGGUAGAGCAUCAAGACCACGAUGACAGCGUGCACGAACAGCGGGUUAUCUGGAGGAGGAUGUUUCUUGGGGUUGGUCGAGGCAGCUGCUGCAGCGGGAGGGUUGGAUUUCAUCGCAACCUCCGAGGUGGACUUGGUGUGACCACUGCUUGUGGAGCUAGUGAUGUGGUGGAGCUCCUCGUCGGAGAGCACUUCCAGCGGGGGUAGGUCCGGCGGCACCAUGGCUGGCGCAAGUUGACCGCAGCGUAUCUUUUGC